AUGAAUAAAUACGCAGCCCUGCUGGCAGCCUGCUCACAGUCAGGUCGAGGUGGAAGGGCAGCCCGAGGUCUGGCUCUCCCGGCGCCUGCGAGACCCCGUCCCGGCACCAUGCACGGCAUAGCCAUCUGCCUGAUGGUCCUCUUCUCAGGGACAGUGGCCCGCAGGCCUGGCCUGCAGGGGCAGGAUCGCCUCUUGGUCAGGCUGCGCCAACUUAUUGAUGUUGUUGAUCAGCUGAAAAAUUACGUGAAUGACUUGGACCCUGAAUUUCUGCCAGCUCCAGAAGAUGUGAAGAGACACUGUGAGCGACCAGCAUUUUCCUGUUUUCAGAAGGUCCAGCUGAAGUCGGCACACGCGGGAGACAACGAGCAGAUAAUUGGCCUGUUAACAAAACAGCUGACACGGACACUGCCCCCCACCAGCUCGGGGAGAAGACAGAAACAGAGACAAGUGUGCCCUUCAUGUGAUUCCUAUGAGAAAAAACCGCCCAAAGAGUUCCUAGAAAGACUGAAGUCGCUCAUCCAAAAGAUGAUCCACCAGCACCUCUCCUAGAGCCCGGGAGGGGGAGGUUCCCGAGGACCCGCGGCAGCUGGACACUAUGGGACACGCUCUACCACGGCAGUGAGACGCACUUCUGGCACUCCACACGCAGGGACACGACACACCAGUGAGCGGAGGGAAACUCAGACCAGGUUCAAAGUCGGGAUUGUUUCCCCCUCGUCACUGUGUCAUAUUUCAGUUCAAUCCACGUGGUCUGUUUGUCCAACUUGAAAAAACCGCCUACUCAUUAGAAUCUGGUUUCCUAUGUUAUGGAUUUCCAUGACUUCUAAAAUUUGUGCUUACUGGCCCAACUAUCACAUUUCUUGGUUAGGCAGAGGCUUAACAUUUUUAACCAAAAAUACAAUUUGGGAAUUUAUUGAUCUUCUAUUAACUUUGAUCGUGUUUACCACAAGAAUGCAGCCUCUUAUAAUCAUAACCUAAAAGUUAUACACCUUCACUCAAGCUGAAAUAGAUAGAAGCGUGGCGUCAGAAUGGACAGUCGAAGUCUUCAGUUCUCUAAUGAAAUGAAAACGGAGUGUUUAGAAACUUGCACCUGAAGAGUUUACUUUUUAUCACGGAAUGUCUAACAUAUAAAUGUAUAAUUUAUUUAUGUGCCAGGGGGUCUCUUUGCCAGAUGGCUACACAAAAAGUCUUACUUCCUUAUUGGGAUAUAUCAACUAUUUAAAUAGCGUAGCUAUGAAUGUAUUUAUGAAAUGGACUCUCUUCGUCUGCUCUGUCAGCGGGCUCAGCGGUGCAGCUCCAGCCCGGGCCCCCGAUAAGCUACCACUGUGCUGGCGGGCAGCAGUGCCUGCCUGAGGGCUGGCGGCAGCUCUCCCCGAGACGGCCGGGCCGGCUACAGGGGUCAGAGCUGCCGGCUCCAAACGCCCAAGGCCGUCUCCCUUCCUCUUCUUUCUUCUUGCAAAAAUGACAGAAAGUUGGUGUUUGCGCGCUCUACCUGAGGCCGAUUCCGUCCCCAGCGGACAAGCGAAGGCAGGACGCAAGCGGGGAGGCCCGGGCUCCCGCCCGCCUGCACGAAGCGCAGACGUGGGGCCGGCGUGCCCGUCGCCCAGCCUCGGCGGUACAAACAGGCAACUGCUCUGACUGCCACUUCAUAUCGGUCCCACGGCUUCCUCGAGUGGGCAGUCAGACACUCCAGAAAGGGGAAAUCUUUGCUAGAACAUCAUUUGAGAAUAGGUGAUUCUUAUGAGAAUAAAACCGCCCAAAGAAUUCCUAGAAAGACUGAAGUCACUCAUCCAAAAGGCUGAGUGCACAAGCAGAUGUACAGGCCAUGCUUUGUGCUCUGAGAAGAAAAAGGAUCUACUUAGACGCAUUUUAGAAACAAGUAUUUUUGUAGUUCUAGAAGAUAUGCUAGGGACCAACUGUGUCAUUAAAUCUCCAUGAGAUGUUUUAUCAGCAGCAACAAGGCACUCUAUUUUGGAACCAAAGAUGCUCUGGCAGAGGAGUCGGGCAGGCAGGUGCGCGACGGUGCCGCUGCCCACGGAGGGCUGCCGCCGGGCGGCGGGGGAAGCUGCAGGGCAGGCCCGGGGCUGACUCGGCGUGAGGGAGCCUUUGUUUCUUGUUGCCGGCUUCCUAGCUGUUGACUUCUUUGACACUGUGAUUUUAUAUUUAAAAUAAUAUAUUUAUUUUGGUAUGUUUACUGUUAAUAAAUCUCUGUUGUAAUCCGUUUGACCAGAGAUGUUACCUUCAAAGUAAAAGUAGUUUAGUGGGGUGUUCACUCAGAGCCUCCACUAACCCGAGUUCAAAGCCUUGGGUGAAGGGGCUCGCAGCACCCCGAGAAAGAGCAACUUUCUCGGGUACACAAGAUGAGGAGCGAGACCGGAUCGGCUUCCCCCGCUCCGUGUGCAAGGCCAGGCCAGCCCUCGAGAGCCCCGGGAGGCUAACCCGUAGCAUUACUGGUCACCUGCAGGCGGUCAAGUAGGACACCUGCAGUCUUGCUGGUCGUAGCACGUGCUUACAUUUGAGGGGCUUCUACUUUACCCCUGUAGAGUGAGGCUGUUGGACUUAAUAUCUAAGGGCUAGUCUGCCUUUUUUUUUUUAAAAAGAGCUUUAUGUGUCUCUGAGUUGCUAAAAUUCUGGAUGUUCCAAUAAGAGCAUCUGACCACACUUCUGAGUAACAGUUUCUACUAAAAUCUGAGGUUCAAUCGAUCAACAUUAUUUCAAUAGAAUCUGUAGCAAUACUCACUGUGGGAACAAGGAAAAUGUUCCAAAAGAAGGAAGGAAGGAAGGAAGGAGAAGGAAAAGGCUGCUGUAGGUCACGGGAGUUCAGGGAAAUGAGUCAGGACUUCUACCAUUUUAGCUGAAGGUGUCUCCUUUGGACAAUUGCGUAGAACUGUAGCAUUAUUAUCUGUAUUAUUGCUCUGUUGUAUUGACAUUUGCAUCUGAGAAUUUAGUUUCAAUAUGAACUCUGUAUUUUAUAACUUAAUGAUUAUUUAUUAUAUAUUUGGAUUUAAAUGUCUGUGUUCAUGGCUUCUUAUUUAAGACCUGACCGUGUUAAAUGCUACCCAGUCAGAACCACUGUCUUCUGUCAUUCCCUGGAAACCCUUCAUUCACUGUCUCAGCACAAAA